GGUAGAAUUCUUGGAUAUGAGCAUUCUCACAAUAGUGAAAGCUGCAAUGAAUGGUGGUAUGAACAAAUUUGUCUAUAUUGUUUACCAUGAUGCUCUUGGAACAUUGAUUCUUCUUCCAUUCUUCAUCAUCCACAUCUUCAGGUUUGUAGUCCUCCUUCUACGGCUAUUUGGGACCCGUUUAUUAUGUAGGACUAGACCGAAAGGGACUACACAAGAUGAUGAUGAAGAGGGCAUUUUUGUCUUUUUCAAAGACGAGAGAUCAAGAAAGGAUCUCUUUCGUUUAUGUGGACAAAUCAAUUUCAGGUCCCGACCAAUGCACGCAAAUCACAGUGUAACAUAAACACCGGGCGUCCUCGGCUCACGUUCCAUAUUCUUUUUAGAUUCUUCAUCCUUGGUCUUUUAGGGAUUUGUCUUUUUCAGUUUCUUGUGUAUAUUGGAAUUGGCUACAGCUCUCCAACCAUGGCAAGUGCUAUUUCUAACUUGACUCCAGCAAACACAUUCUUGCUUGCAGUUGCUUUCAGGAUGGAGAAAAUAGACAUAAGGAGUUCAAGUAGUCUAGCGAAAUUAUUUGGAACCAUAGUAGCAAUAUCGGGAGCAAUGGUGUUCACAUUAUAUAAAGGUCCUGAAAUUUUUCACACAAACUCUUCGUCUAAUUCCCAUAAUCAUCUUCUUUUGUCACAAGCAUCGGAUUGGGUUUUUGGAGGUCUGAUUCUUGUUAUGGCGGGAAUCGUUUCUUCAAUAUGGAAGGUUUUACAAUCAGCCACAUCUAGAGAGUACCCGGAUCAAGUCACGGCUGUGUUUUUCUACUGCCUAUUUGGGACAAUUCAAUGUAAAGUUCUAUCUUUGUUCCUAGUUGAAAAUCCAAGCGAUUGGGUGAUGCAACCAGGAAUCGCAAUGGUGGCUGUUGUUUUGGGAGCAAUAGUUUCCACUGCAUUUCGUAGUAGUGCAUUGAUUUGGUGCCUACAGAAGAAAGGUCCAGUUUUUGUGGCAAUGUUCUCACCCCUUUCCAUAGUAAUCGCUAGCACGAUGGGUGUUACAUUUCUUGGUGAUUCUCUUUAUUUAGGAAGUGCCAUUGGAGCCAUGAUAGUUGCUGGAGGAUUUUAUAUGGUGAUGUGGGGCCAGGCCAAACAAAAGAAGAUAGAGACGGAUUUGGACGGUGCAGAUGAACUUGGAUCAUCAAACCCUAUGACUCCUCUCCUUUCAUCCGGAGGUGAAUCGAAAUGUUAGUUUGUGGUUAAACCAAAUGGAUGAAAACCUUAGUAGGUGUUGUUUUUCUUAUUUAUUGGAUUUAAUAAAGAUUGGAAUAUAUCCACUUAAAUAUAUAACUUUUUUUACUUAAUAUAUAACUAUCCACUGGGUUAUAUAACUUUUUUUUUACUUAAUAUAUAGCAUGUCGGGAAAAUGUUUUUCCUCA